AUGUACGCAGCUGUCACGCUCUUCGUCUUCAUGUGCUUGACUGCCACCACCUACGCAGAUCACCAUCAGCCUUGUCAUGCACCCAAUAUGACAGGAGUCAUGAGUGUGAUGACCCUCAAAGGUGAAGUGAAAGCAUGCGGUGCAUUCACGUAUGAUUCGAUGGGCAAGAAACUACGGUUCAGGUCAAAUGAGAGCUCCCCCAUGAACACUUCACUAGGUUUGGAUCUGCUGAUGUUUUUUGAUGAGGGGAUUUUCUACGAGAUUGACAGCAAAAACCAGAGCUGUGAGAAAAAAACAUUGCACUGCAACCUGCACCCUCUAGAUAUUCCCGAUGAUGCAAAAUUUUAUGUCACGAUUACCUCGGGGAGCCCAUCCAUCGAAGGGGAGGGAUUAAAAGUGAAUCUGUGGACAGGAUCAAUGCCAGGCCAGAAAGGUCACUACUCCAUGUCUGUAACCAUGGGAUGUCUGCCUAUCAGCACAUUCUACUUCACUGAAUCCACAACAUUCUUAUUCAGCACCAUGGACAUUGAACUUGAGAUCAAGGACCCCGAUCUCCUUGUGGUGCCUUCCUUUUGUCUGGGGCAGCCUGUGGAGGAGACACCUGAAGGGACCUUAAAUAGUUUCCUCAAUGAGUUCAUGUAGAUGAAACCUCGCC